AUGAACAUGAACUCGCUUUCGCACGUCCCUGAGGAUUCAGCUUUCACCAUCGAUAACAUCCCUUUCGGCGUAUUCUCGACGAGAGAGGAUCCCACGCCACGAUGCGCGACCGCGAUCGGCGACGUUGCUCUGGAUCUACGAGCGCUUGCUGGGGCGGGCUUCUUUGCAGACGCGUCCGUGACAGACACGCUGUCUCAGACAUCGUUGAACGCGUUCGCGGCGCUUGAAGCCAAGACCAGGACGGCGGCGCGCGAGCAGAUCAUCUCGGCCGUUAAGGAUGGCAAGGUUCCGGAGACAUGCUUGCAUAUGUUGGCUGAUGUGACGAUGCAUUUGCCUGUUGUGAUUCCGGAAUAUACCGACUUUUUCUGUUCGUUGGAACACUGCAAGAAUUGCGCGCCCAUGAUGAAAGACGGCAUCCCCCAGAACUUCUUCCACGCACCUUCCGCGUAUAACGGCCGGGCGUCCAGUGUUCUUCCCUCGCCGUCAUUAAUCCGUCGACCGCGCGGUGUCUUUUGGAAGACUGAACACGAGGGCACGCGCGUGCCCACGUAUGGCGCCGAGGAACAUCUCGACUUCGAGCUCGAAGUAGGCUACAUCGUCUCCAAGCCCGUGCCGUACGGGGAAACAAUCAAGGUCGACGACGCGCCAGACCACAUCUUCGGCCUCGUCCUGCUGAACGACUGGUCGAGCCGCGAUCUGCAAGUCUUUGAAAUGCCGCCUCUUGGCCCCUUCAACUCCAAAUCCUUCGGCACGACCAUCUCGCCGUGGGUCGUCACAUUGGACGCGCUCAAAGCAUUCCAGACCGCUCCGAAACACGAGACCGACCCGCUGGAGCACCUUCGCUACAAGGACUUUGCGCGCGGGACCUUCGACGUCAAGCUCGCCGUUCACCUGGAACGAGGGGGCAAGCGCCAUGGCCUUGCGACCAGCAAUCUCAAAUACCUGUACUGGACGCCCUAUCAGCAGAUCACGCACCACGCGUCCGCCAACUGCGGCCUCCGCACCGGCGACCUGAUGGGGACGGGCACGGUUUCUGGCGAUGGCGUGGACGCUCAGGGGAACAAGUGCGAGUUAGGCUGUCUGUUUGAGGCGACGCUGCAUGGCUCGCGGCCAGUGGCGCUCGAGGGCGGUGGUGAACUGCGGUAUUUGGAGGAGGGCGAUUCGGUCGUACUCUCGGCAUGGUGUGAGGACGCCAGUGGACGGAAGGUGCUUGGGUUUGGUGAGUGUCGGGGAAUGAUCGUAGGGCCUGAUGCGCCGAUUCGUUGA